GAACUGGCUAAACUGAUUACGAUCCACUUCCUGUCAACUGUCAACUGUUUCUCCAUUCGGUUUCGGUGUUUGUCAAAGAAGGGUCGUUUAUCGUUAACCGGCAGUUUGUAAUUUGCGUUGAGACUUAAAUUUUAGGAACUUCAGUCGAGAUGCCUAAGUCCAAGACAAAGUCAAAGAGGGAAGCUUCCAGCUCAGACUCCGACUCAGGUCCUGAAGAUAGAGGUCCAGCCAAAAAGAAGCCAGCACCUUCCAAACCAGCAGAGUCAAAGUCAGGGAAAGGAGAUGAAGAACCAUCAUGGUCAUUAGGCAACAAGAAAUUUGUGAAGGUUUCAGAAUUUAAAGGAACAGUAUAUGUUUCUAUUCGAGAAUAUUAUGAGAAAAACGGAGAGAUGUUGCCUACAAAGAAAGGUAUUACUUUGAAUGCUGCAAAUUAUAGAGAGCUUAAGUCAGUUCUCUCAGAAGUGGAUGAAGCAUUGGCUAAGUUUUGACUGCUUUCUUUUACUGUUCGUUUUGUUUCUUUGAUUUUUUUUUUUUUUAAAUAAGGACAUGUGAAAUUCCAUGCAUGUUAGAGAUUCACAAUGUUGUCUCUGUUUACUUUAAUUCUUGAUUAUGUUCUUUUUAUAAUUACUUCCAAAGACUUCACAUAAUAAAGAUGCCUCAAAUGACA